UUAACUAUAAAAUAUGAACGUGCGUGACAACAAACAGAGCGAAAGAGACAGCAGCAGAAGUAUAAAAAACAAACACAAAAAUUGUUAAACAAAACUGUCAAGCCGGUUACCGCCAGUAAAGUGCAUCAGCUUCGGCAACAGCAACAGCAGCCACAACAACAACAACUAGCAACAGCAAGUGCAACAACAACAACAACAACGGCUUGAAAACUUGACCGAAUUUUCAAUCAAUUUGGCGUCUCUAAUCUCGCCCAGAAUCGCCUUCGACUUCACGAUCGCGAUCGCAAUGAUUUAUUCAGUUUAUUUGUGAAAUACUAGAGCCAAGUUUAUACUGACACGUUUUGCGUCGUGCCAAAAAAAAAAGCAAAAAGAAAAUCAAAAAUAAGAGAAAAGAAGAGAUUUCCCCAGCUAUCAGCUAGCUUGUCGUGUAAACAAUCGUGUAAACAUUUUGCCUGAUGAGCAAGCUGCUGCUGUGAGUGCUAAGGAUUUCCAGUGCAAGUGCAGUUCAAAGUGAAUCGUGCCCCACAUUGUUGCUGUUGUUGUUCUAUAUGCUUAAGCAAACAACUGAGGCAACAGCAGCAACAGCAACAAGCAGCAGCUCACUUGCAUAGAAAGAGAGAGAGAGACACAAACACACACAGCAAAGUAGAGCGGCACACGGAUCUCUGUGUUCUGAAUGGAGACGACGUGCGGGCGCCGGGGGCCACGUGAUGAAGACGGAGCUACAGCUAUUGGGGCAUUAAAAUUGGCGAGUGUUUGCCAAUAUCAAGCACAAGAAGAAGAACAACAACACCAACAACAACAAGAACAACAACAUGGCCAUAGGGCAACAGCAACGAACUAAAUGUAAUUCAUGGUUACAACAAACCAACAACAAACUGCUGCUACUGGUGGUGAACACAAAGAUACACCCAUCACAAAAGUACCGCCAUGAAUGAGACAGAGUGUGAGGAUCUCAUUAAAUCUGUGAAAUGGACGGAACCGGCGAAUCUGAUCUCUUUGGCCAUACUCGAGUUUAUCAACGUACUGGUCAUUGGUGGCAAUUGUCUUGUCAUUGCCGCCGUCUUCUGUUCAAACAAAUUACGUAGUGUUACCAAUUUUUUCAUCGUUAACUUAGCCGUAGCCGAUUUACUCGUUGGCCUCGCGGUGCUACCAUUCUCGGCCACCUGGGAGGUGUUCAAGGUUUGGAUAUUUGGCGAUGUCUGGUGCCGCAUUUGGUUGGCUGUGGAUGUCUGGAUGUGCACGGCUUCGAUAUUGAAUCUAUGUGCCAUAUCGUUGGAUCGCUACGUUGCAGUCACGCGACCCGUCACCUAUCCAAGCAUUAUGUCAACGAAGAAGGCCAAGUCUUUAAUCGCCGGCAUUUGGGUACUCUCAUUUGUUAUAUGCUUUCCACCUUUGGUGGGCUGGAAGGAUCAAAAGGCCAUGGUACAACCGACCUACACACGGGGAAAUUAUACGCUUUACUAUGCCACCACAAUGUCAAGCACACAGGAUGAGCAACUAGAUAUAGAUAGCAAUAUUAUUAAGCAUAAAGAGGCCGCAGCCUCUUUGAUAACUGCGAAGGGCAAUGGCAAUGCCUACGAUCCAUAUGAUCGCAACUUUGCGCCAAUCGAUGGCUCAGCUGAGAUUCAUAUAUCAACCAUUACAACAACAACAUCAACUACGAGUACAACAACAACUUCACCUGCUACUGAAAUGGAUUAUGAUCUUAUAAAUGCGCCACCAGUGCAGAAUGUGCCACAACCGGCAACAAGUUGCCCCUGGAAAUGUGAGCUAACCAAUGAUCGAGGCUACGUACUCUAUUCGGCUCUCGGUUCCUUCUAUAUACCGAUGUUUGUGAUGCUCUUUUUCUACUGGCGCAUCUAUCGAGCCGCUGUGCGUACGACGAGAGCGAUUAAUCAAGGCUUCAAGACGACCAAGGGCAGUCCACGCGAGUCGGGGGGCAAUAAUCGUGACGAGGACUCGCAACUAAUCCUGCGCAUUCAUCGCGGUCGUCCUUGCGGCACACCACAGCGCACUCCACUCUCAGCCCACUCCAUGUCCUCGACUUUGAGCGUGAACAGCAACGGAGCAGCUGGCACCGCACUCAACAACGAGGAUCAACAGACUGCCUCACAGCUGAGCACGCCGAAGCGUGCCACCUCGAUGCGUGUGAAUCGACAGCGUCACGAGAAGGUGGCCAUCAAAGUGUCGUUUCCCUCCUCCGAGAAUAUGUUGGAAUCGCCACGCCUAGGAGGAUCUCAGGCUCCUCCACCUUCGCCUCAUUAUGCCGUAGUGAGCGCAAAAGGCGGCGCUAAUGCGUUGUCGAAUGGACGUCGCGCCUCCUUCAAGAGCAGCCUCUUCGACAUAGGCGAAACCACUUUCAAUCUGGAUGCCGGCAAUCGAGCCACGGAUCUGGAGCGCGGCAACUCGGCCUCAACAGCAGCGGCCAAGAAACGUGCGGGGAAACGCAGCGCCAAAAUCCAGGUGAAACGCUUUCGCAUGGAAACGAAAGCAGCCAAGACAUUGGCCAUCAUUGUGGGCGGUUUCAUAGUGUGUUGGCUGCCAUUUUUCACCAUGUAUUUGAUACGCGCAUUCUGCGACCAUUGCAUUCAACCGACGGUAUUCUCAGUGCUCUUCUGGCUGGGAUACUGCAACUCGGCUAUCAAUCCGAUGAUCUAUGCGCUGUUCUCGCAUGAGUUUCGCAUUGCAUUCAAGCGCAUCGUGUGCCGUUGUGUUUGCACUCGCAGCGGUUUCCGGGCAUCGGAGAAUUUCCAGAUGAUUGCAGCGCGUGCAUUGAUGGCACCGGCAACAUUCCAUAAAACGAUUUCGGGUUGUUCCGAUGAUGGCGAUGGUGUUGAUUUCAGCUGACUAAUCGGCAGCUAUGAGACGUCGAGUCCGUUGCAGCGUACCGCAUCGUUGCCACAGGAAGCGACCACCAUCGAUAUCGAUUCCAGCGGCAGCACGAAACGUAUACGACGUGGUGGCUUCUGCAAGGGCCGUGUGCUCUAAGAGAGACAGAGAAUACAGAGCAGUAACAACUACAUCUACUUACAUCUGACAUGAGCCAAUUUAUUUCGCUUUUGUACUUUUGUAACCGCCGCCAGCAGCCCAUUGACAUUGACAUUGACAGUAUUCGCAUUCGAACGACAUUGUAACUUAAUGGCAAUAAUUUUCGUGUAUUUACCUAGGCCUAAGGCAUAUUAAGUAUAAGUUAAAAUGGGGACUUACACUCACGUUGAACAAACACACUGUGAGAUAAGUACAUACUUACUUAGCAUUAACUUAAAUCUAACUUAUAUUAUAUGUAUGUAUGUAUGUCUGUAUACUAAGUACCUAUUUUAAGCAGAUCUAUUGUUCCCUUUUGUUGUCAGCUAAAUGUGUGCAUCAGUUCAGUUAUUACUAUAUACUAUACGCGAUAUACUAUAUAUAUUUAUGUAUUAUAUACUUGUAUUUAAUGAAUAUAUUUAUGUGUAAAUCAGCCGAUAAUAUUGGUUAAGUCAAAUAGCAUUUUCAAUAAAAAUUAAAUGCAGAAAACCAA